AUGAAGAUCAGAACCCUCCUCCCAACCCUCGCCCUGACAGCAGCCACCACACAAGCCGCCCCCCCCUCCCCCCCCUCCCACCCCCCAAUCUCCGUGACAACGCGCUACAUCAUCUUCGGCAAGAUCCUGACGACCGACACCUGCGUCGGGCUGACGCCGGACGGCGUGAAGGCGCACUGCGGCUACCUGCGGGCCAUCCACAACUGCCCGUGCUCCGACCCCAACCCCGAGGGCAAUAUCGUGGUGGACUGCUCCAUGACCCUGAAUGUGCUCGGGGCGUGCAAGGGGAUCUUCGUCUCGGAUCAGGAUGCGUGCUCGAAUGAUGGGGGGGUGUUUCGGUCGACGCUUUAG